AUGGAGAUCUUCCAAGACGGCGAGCUCGAGGCUGAGAUGCACAAGCGCGACCUGCAAGCCAACAGCAUCGGAAGCUGGUGGAAUCUUUUCUCGGAGACAUACGAAGAGAUGGUGCAGUCUAUCGCUAGCCCCGUGCGGGCUGAGUACGCGAUACAGGAGCUGGGCGAUCCGCAGUUCAGUCUCGACACUGUACAUGAUAAAAAUGUAGAAUUCGUGCGUGAAGACUUCCAUCUUCAGAACGCACACGGGGAGCACUUGGCUUGUAGUUUCUGGCGUCGUAGAGUAGUACGAGACGCAGAUCCAAUUGCAGCACUGUCCACCUCAUCGUCUUCUUCCUCGCUGAACAACCCAUGCAUUAUCUACCUCCACGGUAUGUCAAGCUCUCGCAAAGAAUGCAUUUAUUUAUACCGCAAAGUGCUGGCGGCGGGGUUUUCGCUAUUUGCGCUGGAUCUGUCUGGCUCGGGACUUUCUGGCGGUGAUCGCGUGUCAUUUGGAUACUUUGAACAUGGCGACUUGAGUACAGUUGUAGACUAUCUGUAUGCUACAAGACGCGCGUCGACUGUAGGUAUUUGGGGACGCGAUAUUGGAUCGGCUGCAGCACUUCUACAUGUGAAAGAACGGAUGUCGUAUCGUUAUCAAACUAUAAAGCUUUCGAACAAAGACGCAAAGAAACUCAAGGUCGUGGAGGACAAAGAACAUCGCCACAUUCUGUGUAUCCCUCCAGUCACAGGCCUGCACUUCCGGUUCAGUAAGUACAGCGCAUCAAACGGUGACUUCGUGCUGCUUGCUAUCGACAACGUUCCUGUCCAAGGAUUAAGUGCAGCAGCGUGUCAUCGACUGAUUCAACGGAACUGCAAAACAAACAGUAAAUCCCACUUACAGGGCUUUAAGAAGCGCUCCUUGAGCGAUACUGGAAAGGACAGGUUCAUCUUUGCUUUGGCGGCCGACAGCGCGUAUGGAGACAUGGAGCAAGUUAUUUGGGAUAUGCUACAGAUGAUCACUAAGAGCGCUGAGCGACGCAGUUUGUACUUUCCGUCUGCGAUGGUCACAGCGUCGCAGAAAAUCCUGACGAACUCGAUCGGGAAAGCUGGAGGCUUCAGCUUCAACGACGUCCGGUUGCUCGAUGCAGCGCCAUAUUUUACACUGCCGUGCCUCUUUAUCAGCGCGUCGAAGAAAGAUUUCUUCAUGCCAGAACACUCCAAAGCCCUCUUUAACCGGUAUGGCGGCUCCAAGAGCUAUGUUCAAUUCACAGGCCAGAUUGAUGACAAUCGGCCUGCUGAAGUGCUAGACACUGCGAUCUCGCACUUCAGUAAGAGAGUCAAACUGCUGACGAGGUAA